AUGGAGAAUAUGAGAGUGAAGCACUUGGUGUCUUUCCUUUUAUUUCUUUGCAUGACCAGAAUCUGCAGCCCAUCUGCAAACCCAGAUGCAAACCAGAAGCAUUUUGUGCUGGUUCAUGGAGCUGGUCAUGGGGCAUGGUGCUGGUACAAGGUCUCAACUCUACUCACCUCAAUUGGUCAUAAUGUUACAGCUCUAGACCUAGCAGCAUCUGGGGUCAACCCAAAGCAAGUUCAACAACUUAAUUCUCUCUCGGAUUACGUUGAGCCAUUGAUGAGAUUCAUGAUGUCUCUCCCGCCAAAGAAGAGGGUCAUCCUUGUGGGCCACAGCCUGGGUGGGGCCGCCCUAUCCAUUGCCAUGGAGAAAUUCCCUGAAAAGAUUUAUAUUGCAGUAUUUGCCACCGCUUUAAUGCCUGGUCUUGCUCUCGACUAUUUUAAUCUGAUAUCUCAGAUUUUGAACAGUACGGAUUGGAUGGACAGUCAGUUUAGAUAUGAUCGGGGACCCAACAAUCCUCCUACGGCCGCACUUAUUGGGCCAAAGUUAUUGUCGUCGUCAUUGUACCAACUCUCACCACCGGAGGAUUUAACACUAGCAUUGUCCUUGGUGAGAUUCUCUCCUCGCUUUAGUGAUGAUAUAAAACUCACUAAAGAGAAAUAUGGAUCGGUUCGUAGAGUAUUCAUCGGGUGCGGCCAAGACCGUAUAAUAACUGUGAAAUCGCAAAUGUUGAUGAUCAAUAAGAAUCCGCCGAAUGAAGUCAUAUGGAUCAAUGGUUCUGAUCACAUGGUGAUGUUCUCUAGACCGCUUGAGCUGUUCUCCUACCUCAAGGAGGUUGCUGAGAGUUAG